AUGGGCGGCGCUUCCAAGCAAGGCGGUAAACGGAUCGACUUCAUCGUCAACACCGGCAAUCCCAGCGACGCCGCCAACAAGAAGCGCGUCAGGAGCGUUGCCGCGCUGAAGUCCUGGCCGGAGCGGAGGAGGAAGAUCUUCGAGCAGCUGGAGAGUACGUCCACGGGAGGGCGGGGCGCGUUUCUGGUCGAGGAGCCGAAGAAGAAAGUGUCCAAGACGACGACGACGACGACGACGACUGUAGAGCGAGUGGCCGGACCCCCGAGACCUGGCGAGGAGAUUGUCACGGCGGUGACGGAUUCGCACCAUCACCAGUCUUGGUCCGCUCCGACGUCCAAUGGAUAUCACUUGUAUCACGAUGCGCUUUCCAGAGUCCCCGCGACCGCGAAGGCGGUUGAGCAGGUUCACGCUGUCCAUCGAGACACGCCGUGCUCGUGUCCGCAAUGCCGUCAUAAACGCAAACUGGCCAACAGGCUGCUUAAGUCGGACCUGAACGCAGAUCGCGCCGUUCCCGAGAGAAAGAAGCGGGGGGUGGGUGCAAGUGAGAAGGCAAUGGUGUUCAGUGGCAAUAUGGCUAUGAUCACUCCGCCCUCAUCGCCUGACUGGGCGGUAUCUGCUGGGAGAACGGAUCCAUUCAACUGCUACCCGGUGCCUUACCAGCCACUGUUUGACCAGGUGCUUCAUCACAGUAAGUCUCACUCGGACACAGAUGCGACUUCACGAACUCAGGCUUGUGGAACUGCCCGGCACGACCUCGAUGACUUCCUAUACACAGAUCUAUGUACCGCUUCCAAGUGGAUCUGUGCUAAUCAACCACACAGUGAUGAAGGUGUAUGCGCCUCGCGGCUGGUCCGCCCUUCGAAUAACAGACGAACAAGGUGCACAUUGGGAAUGGUACAUGACACAGUGUUCUCUCGCAGAGCCGGCUCUCUUCUACGUUCGCCUUCUCUUCGGCUCGGGAGACAUGGUCAAACUAGGCGGUCUUCGAAACGAGAUCCAGUACUGGCUACGAGCCCAAGCCAUUCAGAGCAUCAACGACGCAAUCAAAGACCCGAAGCGCUGCUGUUCGGACGCUCUCAUCCUGGCAAUUGGACGUAUUGCUCUGCACGAGCAUAUGCACGGCGAUCAGUACUCGUCUGUACACGUGCACCGGCCGGCCCAGCGACGCAUGGUGGACAUGCGGGGUGGCAUGAGGAACCUUCAGAUUCCGGAGCUCAUCAAGCGACUAAUGAGAUGGUCGGAUAGGAUCAUGGCCGUGGGAUCCGGGACCGAGCAGCUUCUGGAUGAUGAAGGAGACCGAAGCUAUUCAUUGAAGGAGACUGUCAACGCCAUCGAGAGGUGGGCACCUCAUGCGAUGCCGCAGGUGCGAAGCAAGGUGAAGAUUUCCGAUCUGCUCAAUGAUGACGAUUAG